AUGAAGCCAGCAUCCGAACACGAAAUUGUUGCAAAGUUACUUACUGAAUCUGUAUCGGUGGACGCUCACGUACGAGAUGAAGCAUACGCACGCAUCGUCGAACUGGAGUCGAGACCAAACUUUCUUGCCACCCUGAUUGAUGUGGCUUAUAUCGGCGACCCAGGCAUAUCCAAACUCGCCUUCAUAUGCGCUAAGAAUGCUCUGGCACGUACGCGAGGUAUCGCCGCUGCAAGGGCGGCCCGUAGUAACGUCGUAGAUUUCUCGGAUGAGGCCCUUGAUAAUCUCAAAUUAAAACUCCUUUCCGUUUUCGAGCUGCAUCUGAAAGAAGAUGGUAGAGUAUUGGGGAAGGAUUUUGCUCUACUGGUGCGAAAAGUCUCACGGUGGAACUACCCUCAGGGCUGGAUUGCUAUGCAUGAGUUGCUGGUGAGAGGGGUUGAGGCGGGGCUAACAGAGUCAGUUGCUUCGACAAAGACUCUCAACUCUGUCUUACUGCUGUACCAUAUAUUUAAGGAAAAAUGCUCCAUGCGUUUGGUGAGAGACCGAAACGUAACUAUGCAACUGGCGGAAGCGUGGUACCCAUUCGUAUCAAAGCUCUGGGUUCAUCAGUGGUUGCAUCGAUGGGCCUCGGGGAAUAUAGACGCCUUACAGCUUGGUUCCAGACUCUCCAGUUUAGACAUGGAGUUAAGCCGAUAUUUGGACACCCUCCUUAUCGCAAUGUACACCCAUGGGCUGCGCAAUGUAUACCAGAGCCCCGAGCUUCUGGAGUUGUUAAAAAUGAUCUUCAUGAAACUCGUGAUUCAUUUAUCCUUGUUUAAAGCUGCUAGUGUCUGCAAUGAAGUUUUGGAGAAAAAUACCAGGAGGUUGCUGCGUGGAGCCGCCGAGAUAUUCGAAAAGGAGGCCAUGGUUUUAGCCUUUCUGGAUCCUGCACUAAUAUUGAAUCCAGUGUUUGACUACCUCGCCUGUGGGUCUAGUGGGCAUGUCAUACAACAUUGUAUGUAUCUAUUGAGUAACGCUUUCAAGUCACCGGUGAUAAACAAUGAAAGGUACGUGCAGCAAUUCUCCGCCAUACACAGGCACGGUAAUGGGCAUAGGGACACUAAUAAAAUAGGAGAUGACGGAUUCGUACUUUAUAGCACAUUUGACGAAAUGAAAUCGCAUUGUGAGAUGGCAGCAUCGUGCUCGAGAGGGGUAUCUUUGGUCAGCUCGUUGAAGAACUCAUCGAGUCCCACAAAGGGAUCGUACAUUUCCCUUGGUGGCGUAGCGGAACAGAUGUCCCGUCAAGCAACAUAUUUAUUCUGGAAAUGUAUAUCGGAACGCGGGGGAUUUCUUCAGUUGAUCGAGUUUUUGAGACACCGUUAUAUGACUCUUUCGGUGGAUACCAUAGCAGAAUGGAGCGAAGAACAUAUACCUAUGGAAGAUCCGCCUCACCCUCCCGCUCACACUGUUAUAUCCGCAAUGAAGCUGACAGGGGCGGAUAUUCUUCAGUGGAUUGCAGAUGGAUUAAUGGCAGGGGAUACUAAUCUGGAUUUUCCCAGGCUUGAUUCAUAUAUGCAAAUUUACACUAUAGCAUACCCUGUCACGGCUGCGUUCCACUCAUGCAAGCAUUACCAUUCGUUUUUGGAUGCUAUGAAAGUUGCAUUGACCGUGGUAGGCCCGGAAAUGGCAAAGCUCCUUAUAUUCCGGUGCAGCCGCAUCGUAAAUGCAUGGGUCGAACGCAUCCAGUUAUUCGAGGAGCAAACGAAACGUGAAAUCAUGGUAUACCUUGUAUACUGCCUGUGCUGCCCAGCUGACACGCCAGCAACACUGAAUUUACGUGUGCAACACGUGGUCCCCUUCCACCGCCUCUACACCAAGACGGUGGACGAACCUUUCUGGGAUGUCUUACGCCAGGGAACAGAUGUCCAGCAAAUUGUAACAAGCUUAGUGAAUGUCGCAAAUGUUGAUGUGCCCGUUGUGCAGCACACGGCGCUGGAGUUGGUAUGCAAGAUGUGCCUUGAAUUCGACAGCGAGGAAAAUAAUUUCGGACAUCAAUUAUCUGACUUGCUUAACGUCUUUUCUACUCGCUGCAAUGACCUACAAACUACUUCUUCACUUUUGCAGACAUCUCUAGGAUUCCUUAAUGCACUGGAUUGGCAACGCUGUUACGCGGAAGAGUCUUACGUAAAUGCGCAUCUUCGGAGAUUCCUAUUUUAUCUGUUGUUCCGUACACUGGCGAUCACGGAUCUCCCUGGCUCUCCUGAUGAAACGACACUUAUUUGCCAGCGCAUGGUCUCACCUUGCAGGUAUCCAGAGCUUGAUGAAGAUAUAUUGACGUUAUGGGUUUGUCUACUUCGCGUGCUACCACACAAUCUCAAGAGUGUUGACCGCCAGCUUCUCAACGAUGUAUUCAGCCUUUUCCCGCUUUUCCUCGCCUAUCUGAUCAACAACGAUAUAGGCGAUAAUACGGGUCAAGUUAACGUUCAUCGUGUCCCUGUGCUGCAGAUUGAUAUUGUCACUGAGUAUCUGGCAGUAAUCCUUGAUUUCAGUAAGACGUACUUGUCCAACACUGGCAGUAGUUUGUGCGAGAGGGUCGACGGCGUGUGGUUUCAGAAAUCGAUUGAUACCACUUUUUUCUUAGAAUUUAAUCUAUCUCUGGUGCAUACUAUCUGUUUGAGGUCACUUAAGAGGUCGGAAGACGACGCGUUGCGUCAGAGUGGGCUGCGUUUGCUUAACAUCCUAAUGUUUGGAUUUAGUGCAGCAUGUCUAGUGCGUCAAGAUGUGCUAGUGACGAUGCAUGAUGUUCUGCUUUGUUUCUGCUCUAAGCUUAACGAAGCUGCAGUUACACCUCAGGAAGCACCGCCUGAAAUUCGGCGUUAUCGAGCGUCAGGGCUUUGCCGAGGGACUGGCACAGAUUCUGAGGUACGGUGGCAAGUGUCCAAGGUACAAAAUAGCAUUGUGGAAUCCAUAUCGUCUGUGAUUCCGAUUUUGACUCGCUGGGGAUUUGACGCGCCAGCUUCAUUCUCUGAGGCAUUGCAAAGGGUACUGGAGAGAGGGCGCUUUGCCUACCCAGAAGGCAUGCUUCUAUCACUUCUGCACGCGUCAAUCCAAUUCAAUAAUAAUGCAUAUCUCAGGUUAGGGGCGUUGAUAUGCUGCUGCUUAAUGGCUGGUUCAAUGGUAAGCAAAUACCCCGGGCUUAGGCUGUUUGUACGGUACCAGGGUUCACCUACUCAUGGCAACUCCGAAAGACACAACUAUGAUGGCUUCAACGAGAAUCCGCACGAAAACAUGACAGGUGUUUUCCUUCCAUGCUAUUUGUUGCGCUUGGUUAACUCUAUCGUUACCCUAUUCGUGACCAGCAAGAGGGAUGUUUGUUUCUCCAUCACCAAAGCAACACUGCUAAAGAACAGAGAAGAUUAUAGCAAGCCAUCAUCGAAGCGUUUUCACCUUUUUGCAAAUGUCUCCUCCACAUACCAGUCUACCGGCUUCCCGAUGUCGGAUACCCCGCCUCAGGAGCUAUUUUACGGUGAGUUGCUCUGA